UUUUUUCCUCAACUUUAUCCCGUUUUCCGUUUUUUUUACGCAAAAAAAUUCAUAUUGAGAAAUUUCAAUUAAAAAUGGCUUAUAAUUAUGAAUCUGAAUUAUCAGAAGCAUUUGGGCAAUUGCUCAAAAUAGAAACGGAUUAUAAUGUUAUCAUAUACAUUGGAAAAGAGCCUAAUUUUAAGGAAUUUCAUGCGCAUUCUAAUGUUUUACGUUGUAGAUCUGAAUAUUUUGAUAAAAUAUUAUCUGAUGAUAGUAUCGAAAAAAAAGAUGGGAAAUAUAUAAUUAAAAAGCAAAAUAUUUCACCUCAAGCAUUUAAUGUUGUUCUUAAGUACCUUUAUACUGGUAAAAUUGAUAUUGCUAAUAAAACUAAAACUGAGAUUUCGAAUAUUAUGACUGUUUCUGAUGAAUUAUUGUUGAAAAAAUUAACUAAACUUAUCGAAGACUAUCCUAUUAUUGAAAAAAAAGAUUCGGCUGGCAAUAAUAUUGACUCUAUUAUUAUUAAUCGCGAACACCUUACACUUUUUGCAAAUUGGAUUGAUAGAAAGGAAGGAAAUAUUAAUGAUAUCCCUUAUAAAUUUAAUCUUUUAUAUAGAGCUAACAGAGAUGGAAAUACAGCUGAAAUGUUUCAUGCUAAAUGUGAUAACAAAGGAGCUACUUUAGUCGUAGUAAAAGUUAAAAAUUCAGAACAAAUUGUUGGAGGAUAUACCCCACUCUCUUGGGUUUCAGGUAUGAUUGACAAGUCUACAAAAGAUAGCUUUAUAUUCUCGUUAAAUAGUACUAACUUUCAGAAUGCGAGAGUAGCUUACAGUAAUGAUAAUGGAUAUUCUAUAUCAUGUAUAUCAGAAUGUGGUCCAUUUUUUGGUGGUAGUGAUUUAUACUUGAAUCAUUGUAAUGGUCCUGAUUUUUGGUGUGCUAUGAAACCUUUUUCUUAUCCAUCUCUGGGUUUGCCAUGGAAGAUAAUAGCGGAUGAUUAUGAAGUAUUUCAAGUUAUUAAAAAAUAGU